GAAAAGUUAGGGUAUAUUAUAUAUACAUUAUACUCCCUCUCCUUGCCAUUUUCCCUCCAUUUUGAACUCUCUAGGGUUUCUUACAGUAGUGAGGUCCGAUUUCCCUGACCACAGAUUUCUAUGGCUUCUUCAUCAGCUUCCUUGUCAUCAAGCCAUGGCUACGAAAUUCCAUGGGUUGAGAAGUUCAGACCUACAAAAGUGGCAGACAUUGUCGGGAACGAAGAUGCCGUCUCCAGGCUUCAAGUAAUUGCGCACGAUGGUAACAUGCCAAAUCUCAUCUUAGCUGGUCCUCCUGGAACAGGUAAGACCACAAGCAUAUUAGCUCUUGCUCAUGAGUUACUUGGACCAAAUUACAAAGAGGGAGUUUUAGAGCUUAAUGCAUCAGAUGACAGAGGUAUUGAUGUUGUGAGAAACAAAAUUAAGAUGUUUGCACAGAAGAAAGUCACUCUACCCCCUGGAAGGCACAAAGUAAUCAUUUUGGAUGAAGCUGACAGCAUGACAUCUGGAGCACAACAAGCACUGAGGAGAACAAUGGAAAUAUAUUCAAACUCUACCCGUUUUGCCCUUGCAUGCAACACAUCUGCAAAAAUAAUUGAACCCAUUCAGAGUAGAUGUGCCCUUGUGCGAUUUUCCAGGUUAUCUGAUCAAGAAAUCCUUGGUCGGCUCAUGGUUGUGGUUGAGGCAGAAAAGGUGGCAUAUGUCCCAGAAGGGCUUGAAGCGAUUAUUUUUACUGCUGAUGGUGAUAUGCGACAGGCUUUGAAUAAUUUACAAGCAACUUAUACUGGAUUUCGAUUUGUUAAUCAAGAAAAUGUUUUUAAGGUGUGUGAUCAGCCUCAUCCUUUGCAUGUGAAAAAUAUGGUCCGGAAUGUUGUAGAAGGAAAAUUUGAUGAUGCUUGUUCUGGUCUGAAGCAGCUUUAUGAUUUGGGAUAUUCACCAACUGAUAUCAUCACUACCCUUUUCAGAAUCAUAAAGAAUUAUGACAUGGCAGAGUAUCUGAAACUGGAAUUCAUGAAGAUGGGUAAUGGAGAUCUGGAGAGCUGGGGAAGUACAAAGAACAGAGGUGCACCACCACCGGCACCACCGCCGGCGUCUUCUACGUAUCACACUGAAUCAUCGGACAAACAAUGGACUUCAUGGCUCGUUCCUAUGAUUGUUGUUGCAAAUGUGGCUAUGUUUCUUGUCGUCAUGAUUGUUAAUGAUUGUCCCAAGAACCACAAUUCGAGUCUUGAGGGGGAUUGUGUUGCUAAAUUUCUUGGUAGACUAUCUUUUCAGCCUCUUAAAGAGAACCCGCUUUUCGGUCCUUCUUCUUCCACAUUGGAAAAGUUGGGAGCUCUAGAGCGGAGUAAGGUGGUGAAUGGACAUGAAGCAUGGAGACUCAUAUCUUGUAUUUGGUUGCAUGCGGGAGUCGUUCAUCUACUUGCAAACAUGUUAAGCUUGGUUUUCAUCGGGAUUCGCCUCGAACAACAAUUUGGUUUCGUUCGAGUUGGUAUACUCUACAUGUUGGCCGGGAUCGGUGGUAGCACACUAUCUGCACUUUUCAUAACAAGCAACAUCUCUGUUGGGGCUUCCGGUGCUCUAUUUGGACUUCUUGGAGCAAUGUUGUCUGAGCUUCUUACCAAUUGGACUAUUUAUGCUAAUAAGGCGGCGGCUUUGUUUACACUUGUGAUCAUAAUCUUGGUGAAUUUAGCAGUUGGAAUGCUUCCUCAUGUUGACAACUUUGCACAUAUCGGGGGUUUUUUAACGGGAUUCCUCCUUGGAUUUGUACUUCUUAUGAGACCCCAAUUUUCAUGGCAAGAACGCCGCCGUCUUCCUGCUGAUGCUCGUGGCAAGUCCAAGUACACAGUCUAUCAAUAUGUCUUUUGGAUUAUAUCCGCGAUUUUAUUGAUUGUUGGAUUUACGGUGGGACUUGUGAUGCUUUUCAAGGGAGAAAAUGGGAAUGAUCACUGCAGCUGGUGCCAUUACUUGAGCUGUGUUCCUACUUCCAAAUGGCGAUGUGAUAACCGGUGAAGACAGACGUGAUAUGGUUUUAUGAUUGCUUAGUAUUUGGUUGAUGUUAAUAUGAUGAAGACUUUGGUUCAAUAUUCUUAAUUCUUGUUUUCUGUUGUGUAAAUUUUUGUAUUUUUGAUACGUAGUUACUGGUUAGGAU